AUGCCUACCAAUCCGGCAUGGGUCAAGGCCCUGAAGCCUUCUGGUCCACAGGGAAGCGAGCUUCUACAGCAAGAGAGGGCAAAGUCAAACCUCAAUGUCGAUCAGCUCGCCGAGUUCAUGUUCACCAAAGAAAUCCUCGAACGCAACGAGCGAAUCCUCAACAUUCUCGCCGCGGACCCCGUCUUCGACAAAUCACAGAACUACUUCAGAGGGAGAACAGAGAGGAUAGAAGCAGCAUUAGCGAGAGGGAAGCGGCUGCAACAACUCCAAGUCAAGCAUAAGUGGAGCAGAGAUGAGUUCCAGGUUGCCAAUGAGCUGAUCAGCGAGCCUACUCCGUACGGUCUCCAUUCAACUAUGUUCCUCGUCACCCUCAGGGAACAGGGGACGCCCGAGCAGCACAAACUGUUCCUCGAAAAGGCAGAGGCGUACAAGAUCAUUGGUUGCUACGCUCAGACCGAGCUUGGCCAUGGAUCAAACGUGCGAGGACUGGAAACAAUCGCGACAUGGAAUCCAGAAGACAAGACCUUUACACUACACUCGCCUCACCUCACGGCUUCCAAAUGGUGGAUUGGAUCACUCGGAAAAGUCGCCAAUCAUGCUGUCGUUAUGGCGCAACUGUACAUCGGCGGGAAGAAUUAUGGCCCGCACCCAUUCGUCGUCCAGAUCAGAGAUCUCAAGACCCAUGAGCCUCUACCCAAUAUUCAUGUCGGAGAUAUUGGUCCCAAGUUCGGCUACAACACCAUGGACAACGGUUUCCUCUUGUUCAAAGAGGUCAAGAUUCCUCACAUCAAUAUGUUGGCUCGAUUCUCUCGUAUUGAUCCCGACACCAACAAAUAUAUCCGACCGUCCAAUCCGUCUCUCAUCUAUGGCACCUUGACAUGGGUUCGAAGCAACAUCGUCCUCCAGUCUGGUUCUACGCUGGCUCGGGGUGUCACGAUCGCCACCAGAUACUGUGCAGUUAGACGGCAAUUCCAGGACCGAGAUGCACCCGCGAACGAGCCAGGUGAGAAUCAAGUCCUCAACUAUACCAUGGUUCAAGUUCGGCUUCUUCCACUCCUGGCCGCCACUUACGCUCUACACUUCACCGGCAAAGGCAUGAUCAGCCUCUACGAGGAGAACCAAAAGCGUAUGAACGGCAAUGUCGGCAAGCCGUCCGACGCCAACCGUGCCCCUGGUCCCGAAGAGCUCAACCCAGGUACUGACCUACUUGCGGACCUUCACGCCACCAGCUGUGCUCUCAAAGCGCUCGCAUCCACCACCGCAGCCGAAGGUCUUGAAGUCUGCCGUCGCGCAUGCGGUGGACACGGCUACAGUUCCUUCUCUGGCAUCGGCAGCUGGUAUGCCGACUAUCUCCCAACGGUCACGUGGGAGGGCGACAAUUACAUGCUCACCCAGCAAGUCUCGCGCUAUCUCCUCAAGUCAGCGCGAUCCGUGCUCAAAGGCAAGGCCGCUGGUAACGACACGACACGUUUCCUCACGGAAUUCGUUCGUCGACGUGACAUUGGUGCGGCAUUUGAUGUCAUUGGCAAUGAUCAGGACUUGGUUGACGCCUUCUCUUGGCGCGUGGCAUUCUUGACCUUUGAAGCUCUCCGCCACCGCGACGAGGACAAGCAAUCCUGGAACUCCCUGCUGGUGGACUUCUGGCGACUCUCGACUGCUCACGCACAAUACAUCAUUGUAAAGAAUUUCCACGAAGCCUUGAAUGACAGCAAGACCACCGCGCAAUUGGACCCCGAUACGGUCAGCCUCUUGCACAAGCUCUUCCGCCUAUAUGCCUUGCACACCCUCGAGCGGGAAGCAAGCGAAUUCUACUCAAGCGCCGCGGUCACCGUGCGCCAGAUCACGCUGGCCCGCACAAAGGCAGUGAUGAAACUCCUCGAAGAAGUCCGGCCCCAUGCUGUGCGUCUAGUCGAUGCCUGGAAGUUCCCAGAUUGGCAGCUCGACAGCUCACUUGGUCGGUACGAUGGCAACGUGUAUGAAGAUAUGUUCCACCGAGCGAGUGAAGUCAAUCCCUUGAACAGUAUCGUGUUCGACCCCUAUCCGGACUCGAAGGUCCUGUUCAAGAAAGACGAAAGAGAAAACCUGAGAAGUAAAUUGUGA